AUGGUUCUCAUCUUCCUCUUCCUAUCUUAUCUCGCAAUCUCCACACUUCGACCAAUCUCUCAAAGCUACACCUCAAAGUUCCAAGUGGACAUGCCGGACGAAUCUUCCGGCGCGCUAACGUCCUUUGUGCAGAAAACCUUUGAGCAUCUCUACGAGUCGUACGACCCCAACGAGGAACCCGAGUUUCUUGACUCAUUGUUCGCGCAUAAAGCAUUUCCAGAGAAAUCUGCGUUACAAGCGGAAUUGGAAGCAGAAUUAGGUUCGGGGGAGUCGAUUAAGCCAGGGCUCGACAUCCGGAUCAAUCACAACCCUAUCCUCCUUCCCGGACUGAAAGACUACCUGGUCAGAGCAAGGGAGGGCGGGAGCCAUGCGAAAGUGAUUUUCAAGGAUGUCUUUGAGGUUCCAGAGGAAGGAGGUGGAAUUGUUGCGGGGUUUUUCACCGUCACUCGCAACCUCAAAUUCAGAAUUCGUGCCGGGCCUGCACAAAGGAUAGAGAGUGUGUCAUUCAGCGCCAAGCUGGAGCGCACUGCUGGCGAUGAUUUUCGUAUCAUCCAGCUUUAUAUCACAACGGUGAAUAAAGCUGCGCCUAUACACUUACACGGGCUGUUUGGCUCGGAUAGUACACACGCCGCUGGGAGAGAGGAGGAGGCUAGUAUCAACCCGGCGCUUUUGGAAAAAAAGGGCUAG